CUUUUUAUUCUUGUUGCCCCCCACCAUCUUUCCUCAAGUUAUUUGCCCGAAUCCUUUGCCCCUCUUCAUUCCAACCUAUCUUCUUCUCCAACGAUCGUUUUAAUCACACCUACAGCUAUUCCAGCGAGAUCGAGCGGGAAAGCCAAUCCAACCCUUUAUCCUGCCUGAACGGAUGUUCUUUACGAGCUUAGCUAUCCCGCUGCCCCCGUAAAUAUGGUGAAUAGGAAUCUGCCAGCCUACAAACCGAUCGAAGUUACUUUUCUCAGCGAGCAAAAGGUUGACCUGGGAGAAGUGUCGUUCUGGCGCAAUAACCUUGUUGCCGCUUCAAAACGCCAUAACCAUCUAUACAUUGCCCUGAGGUCAUCAAUUCGUGUCUACAGCCCAGCAUACCCAAAUCAGAUCAUCCCGCCAAACCUCUCCUACAUAACCCUCACCUCCAGCUUUACCCCAACCGGACCCGGGUAUAUUGACCCCGCAGAACCUCAUGCGAUCAACUCGCUCACAGUUGGAGACCUGGGGUUCGAGGAGGUUCUUGUGAGCGCACACGACGAUGGUGACGUCUGCGUGUGGUACACAAGAGACCUAAGCAAAUUGGCAUUUCGAUUGUCAGUGGGAGAGAGUGCUUGGGGCGUUGCAUUGCACAAAGAGCGGAGGUUGAUGGCUGUCAGUGCAAACAAUCAUUCGAUCCACGUCUUUGAAUUGGCAAUAACGGACGAUGGGGAUUGUCCAUGUCCGGAAGAGGGCACGGAUGCCGGACUCACUCAUAGGCAUAGGAGGAGGAGGAGGAGGAAGCGCGAUUCAUUUGGAUAUGAUGGGGGUGGUGGCUUUCAGGGGAUGUGCAAUCUGAAUGGGGAGCCUCUCCCUGGCAAUGAUGACGCUAGUAAGAAACGUCGAAAGAAGACAUCCACGAAAAAUAAAACCCCCACAACACUGAAGGGGCAUGGUUGCAAUAUACCUAAUGUAUCCUUUCUUGACGAUCCCACAGGAAGGUGGCUCGUGGGUACCUCAAUUGAUGGGAUGGUAAUACUUUGGGAUGUCAUGACCGAGCGCCCGGUGGAGAAAUGUAGACUCGGGAUGGAUAACCGUGGUUGGUCUGUCCUCUUCCUGAAGCCCCAAGCCUUUAAACCGGUCUCCAAUAUAUACGAAGCGCUGGGGAGGCCCGUCCCCGAGGAAUCCCAAACGUCCCCGGAGGCUCCUCCGAGAAUAUCCCUCAAUGCCAUAGGUGUUAAGACAAUAUCUACAGACUAUUACGACCCGGUGACCAGCUCACAGGCGCAGUUGAGCAGAAUGGCUAGAGCAUGGGACAUUUCCCCCAACCCUGGAGCCCACAUAUCGGGCCUAUCAACGACAAAUGACCUUUUAUACCAGCUCGCCAUGGCCGACGCUGGUUACGACGAGGAUCAAUACUCGGAAGAGGAAGAGGAUGAAGACCAUGAUUACAGCGACGGUCCGUACGCGGAAGAGGAGGAGGACGAAGACGGUGGCUGGAGCGAAGGAAGUGCAGAGGGAGAGGUUGAAGUUUUCUUUGGUCCUGGCGGCGCAACCGUUGAACUUGUUACUACUGGUAGUUCCGAGAGCGGGAGUAGUCAUCACACCUCUAGCACCGAUACCAGUUCCGACGACGGCAGCGGGCAUUAUUCCUAUCAAGGCUCGGACGCAAUCCACAACCCCCGCUCCUCCCUAAACUUCUACGGCCCUGUCCAAUUUGUAGGGCUCGUUCAAGGUUCCGACUCCCCAUCCUCCACCUCUUCAUCUUCACCCUCGCACCCCAUCCAGUCCCCGAUAGUUACAACCACGAACCCAACAAAGCGCACCCGCCCCUCUUCCAGAUGCCUUUCCAAAUCCCACAACUACUCCACCUCCUCCAACUCUGGCUACACCUCCUCGACCUCCUCCAGCUCCAGCUCCACAGACACAGACUCGGAGGAAGAAACCCCCGCUCAACCCCCCACAUCCCUAAUAUUCUCCACAACAGGGCGCAACGCCCACCUCCUCACUGUCACUUCCUCCCUCUCUCCAAUUGUUCUCUGCCGUUCACCCCUGCGCACUUGCCAGCCACACCCAUCCAACCGGCACCGGUACGCCGCUAACAUCGACCGCCUUAACCUCUGCCACGCCAUACCUGAACUAUCCCUCGUCAUUGCUGCCUCCCAAAAGGGCCGCGUCGCAGUGUUCAGGCUGACACGUGUGGGGGAUGAGUACUGCAUGCGCCUGGACGACAUACUACCCCGGGAGUCAGAGUUUCCGGGAGCUAUCACUCCGGGCGGAAGCACGGCGCUGUUGGGCGUCGCCGUGGGACCGAUUCAAGGCCGGGAAGUUGGAAGCUCUGUUCGCAGAAGGCGUGGCGGGUGGAGGGGCAAUGAACGGCGGCGGAGGUAUAGGCUUAUGUGCGUGUUUGUCGACGGGAGAGUGCUCAGCUACGAGAUUGGGCGGGAGGGCUCCCCUGAACGCGCCAUGGAGGGGGGUGGAGGCGGAAUGGGAGUGGGAAUGGGAGUCGGGGGGUUGGGGGGGUUUGUCAUGGUUUAGCUUUUGCUUUGCUUUGAUUUCCGCUUUUCUGGCUUUUGGCAUUUUUCCCGUUCUCUUCCGCUUCUUCCUUGAACCCCUAAUCUCAUUCGUGUCUCCCAUAUUUCUCCGAUUUAAACUCUGAACAAACAUUACUUCUUGUCAGUACCGUAGGGUGGCGAAUGGUUGUGCUAUUUUCUUCUUCUAAUCCCCAUUCUCCCUUUCUUUCCCACAUAUUUCCUCUUUUUCUCUUCAUUCAUUUUCGUCAUCACGGCAGCAUUGCGCGCGCGGGGUGGGGGAAUUGCAUGGAACGGUUUGGUCUGGUCUCGCCUGGUCUUGUCAGUCUCGUCAUGUCUGUUAAGAAAGUAGAAAACAAAAAAAAAAAAAAAGCAUUGGUGUUUCUAAA